UUCAGAGAUAAGGAACAAGAAGCAGGAAGCAGCCAGCGCUGAGCCGCGGCCUGCGCGGAGUAAACACCGUCUUAAAGUCGGAUAAAACUCGAGUUUUAGAGACGAGAAGGUCUCGUUUGAGAAGAAAAUGUCUCUCGUCGUAUUUUUGGUCCUGUUGGGGACAGGACUGACGGUAAACAGCGAGACACAUUCCCUCUUUUACACCUACACGGCUCUCUCCAAACCUGUCGGACUGCCGGGCAUCCACCAGUUCACAGCCAUGGGUCACCUGGACGGCAGGAUGAUCGACUACUUUGACAGCGAGCACCAGAAGAAAAUUCCCACACAGGACUGGAUGAAAGAGAAACUGGAUGCAGAUUACUGGAAGAAAGGAACACAGUCCCGCCUGAGCAAACAGCAGUGGUUCAACGUCAACAUCGACAUCCUGAAGACACGAAUGAGACAGAAUGAUUCAGACGUCCAUGUUCUUCAGUGGAUGCACGGCUGUGAGGGCGACACGCAGCCUGACGGCAACAUUACGUUUUACCGCGGCAAGGACAUGUACAGCUACGAUGGAAACGACUUCCUGUCCUUUAACGACACCGAACAAGUCUGGGUCGCCCCAAUUGUUGCGGCCGAGCCGACCAAGAGGAAGUGGGAUGGGGUCCAGGUCCUAAAAGAUUACACCAAAGGCUACCUGGAGAACGAGUGCAUGGAGUGGUUGAGGAAGUUCGUGGACUAUGAGCAAAUGCAGCUUCGAACCGCCUCUCCACCUGAGGUGUUCUUGUUCUCUAAGAACACCAAAGUUGAGUCAAAGGUCAUGUUGACGUGCCUGGCCACAGGUUUCUACCCAAAAGACAUCAUCCUGAACAUCAAAAGAAACGGCCGCGUUUUAACUAGAGAGGACGGUGUGAUAACCUUUGGUGUUCGACCAAAUGAAGACGACACCUUCCAGAGAAGAGACAGUGUGGAGAUUUUAAAGAGUGACAUGUCUAAAUACACCUGUGAAGUGAAUCAUCCUGCAUCCAGGUUACAUGUUGAGAAGGAAUGGGAUCAUAAACUUCCUCCUGGACCUGGAGGACUUGGACCUAUCCUUGCUGGGGUGUUUGUGGUCCUUGGGCUGAUCGCAAUGGGUGUGGGGCUGGUUCUCUUGUACAAAAGAGGUGUAUUUGCUGGAGCCAACUCUUCCCACGGUGCACAACCUUUAUCUGUGAUUAUUGUCCCUGCUGCUACCAACGGUGGAGCCAACCAUGCCCAAGGUCCAGAUGUAGUCACAGAUCCCAAAGGGUCAGAUGGGUCUCUCAGCAGCGGUGACUCUGGCGUCCCCAAAACAGGUCCAGAUGCAGUCACAGAUCCCAAAGGGUCAGAUAGGUCUCUCAGCAGCGGUGACUCUGGCGUCCCCAGAAAUGGCGCGGAUAACAAAAACUCCAGCCCUGAGUCCCAAAGUCUUCUGGGACAGGAUGAAGAGCAACAAGCCUGAAGUCUCUGCAGACAAUAUAAUUUCCAUCAGAGUACAGAGCCCUCUGGAACCAAAUUUACUAAUUCAACAACUACAUUUACUGUGGGAUACAAGCAUCAACCCACUCUUCUGUUGUAGCAGAUGGGUGAGCUUGUUUUUAUUAUCAGGGUUUAAAAGAUUGUGGGUCAGGUUUGGAUUCAGGAAAGUGAAUAGAAAUGUAUGAAAAAAAUGAAUUCAGAAAAUCACACCUUUAAAGAGAGAAAAAUAUGUUGUUGGAUCAGAGAUCUUAAAUGCUAACAUUUAAAACUAAAUAGAUAAAACUGUGUGAGUCAAUAUUGCACUCAAGGUGGGUGGGACACUUAAAUUAAUCAGCAUUGGAACUACAUACAGGACAUUUUUUAUUAUUAUAUAAUAUAACAUUUUUAUAAAUUAAGAUAAUCAAAUAGAAGAAAUCAAGUCUUUACAAAGGGAGGAAGAAGAAAUUGCUUUAACAAAUAUCACUUCUAUAACUUUGCUUUAUUGAAUCCAUUUACUACAAAUCAUAGUAUGCUUCACAUUACUGCUAACAAUCCUCAGGAAAACUUAAUUUUAUGCUGUGAAAACAUGCUGCAGAUGAUCCACAACAGGAAACGUAACUUUGACAAUAAAUACAGCAGAUGUUUGUUGUUGUGGAUUAUUCAACCUGAGGAUGUUUUAAAUUCCACAAGAUUAAAAGUGCAUGGAAACCAAUGGCUACCUCAAAACACACAAUUGGAAAGAAGCUUUUAGCGCUUAGUUCAGUAAACGUGAUUUGUAGUAAAUGAGCUAAAAUGCAUAAAUACACUGGUAUGAUCAUUUAAGUAGUCACAGGGUUCAGCCUGGAUUAAAAAGAAGUAAUCAAUGUAUUUUCAGAUGGGUGAAAAUCAUUGAUCAUUUAAAGCAAAUUACUGCUUAAAUUCAUUUAAUACUCUGUAAAUAAUGUUUUUAUUGUUUAAGCUCUUAAAAAGUGCCUUUUUACCGCCUGUUUAUCUGUCACUAUAAAAUAUGCUCACUGAUUGAUUUAUAGGACUUUGAAUUAAGAAUUUCAUCAGUUCUUUACUCCAAGAUUAAAUUAAUACUGUUUGCAGAGUUUUACUGUAAACACAUUAAUUUAGUAAUUGUUUGUGGUGACUUUUCUGUCUUAAACAAAUGUAAUAUAUUUUUUAUUUGUUCUUUGGCACUUAUGUAGUCAGAAAAUAUGGAAAUAUUAUUAUCCAGCUGUUUAUUUUUUAAAGUGUGAGGAUCGUUUGCUUAUUUACCUGUGGUGUAACAUUCACUCCUGGGGAUAAUAUUUCUUUAAAUAUCUUUUUUUCUUUGGAAAUGAAAUGAAAUAUGACAUUUGAAGAAAUCUUCAGUGAAUCCUAAAGUCUGCAUUAUGUUAUGUAGUUUGUCAGCGAUAACAUGGAUUGUAAGACUGUAGUGGAGAUUAUUAAAUAUUUGCAGCUACUGUCUAAAAAGUUAUAAUUAGUCAUUAAUAUUUAAUUGUGAAUCUGUGUGCCAAAAUUUUAGGAUGGAAAUUAAAUUCUAUUUUGUGUAUGUUUUCUUUAAAAGGCCAAAGCCAAAACAUGAUCACAUUAGUAUUUCCCCUUUUACUUGUGUUGUCUCUUUAAAUGUUCCCUGUUUGGGGGUUGUGGUGUUUGAAACAUGUGCUCAUGUUAAAUAAAGGCAAUCAUAACAAAA